AUGAUCAGCAAUAACCCUGGUCAGAUCAAAAACCUCCUCAACCAACCCGGGCUGAGACAGGAGAGCUCCGAGCUGAAGGAGAAGCUCCAACAGCUCCAGCACUACACCAACCAGCUGGCUAAAGAAACCAACAGACACCUGAAGGAGCUGGGCUCCCUGCCCCCCCCACUGUCUCCAUCAGAACAGAGGCAGCAGAAGCUCCAGAGGGAACGUUUGAUGAACGAUUUCUCCUCAGCCCUCAACAACUUCCAGGUGGUUCAGCGGAGGGCGGCGGAGAGAGAGAAGGAGUCCGUGGCCAGAGCCCGGGCCGGAUCCAGAGUCCUGGUGAGUUCUGACUCACUGUGA